AUGAAUGGCCUUUACAUCCUUAUUCCUGACACGUCUCAUACGCUCGCUGCUGAGCAUCCCCCACGCCAUAUGAGUACUCCCGCGCUUUCGGACGAUACUGGUAGCUCCUCUUCACGCGAAAGCUCUCGACCCGCUACACCCACUUCUGGAGUCAGUCGUGCACCAUCUAUCUCUUUCGAUGACUAUUCUAAGCAUACACACGCUGGCGAAGGCACGGACAUCAGGAUUGUCGAAGCAGACGCGGACUCCCCGCUACCAGAAGACAUCACCCAUCCGCUGAAACGGAGACGGUUGGCGGACACAAGGGCUGAUGAAGUCCGCGCAGAGAGAGCGCUGCUGCCUAAUAUUUGGAGCGAUGCACCCAGGGUCGAUGGCGGCGCGUGCUUCGGUCUUGGCCAUAUACGCAUCAGCGACUGCACGAGUGUCGGGGACGUCGAGCCCGAUGCAGUGGACCCGUUACUAGAAUUCGUCUCCCGUCCAUUGAAACGAAAGCGAAGCGCGGACACAAGCACCUAUGGAGUUCGUGCAAAGAGGGCGCGGACGUCUGGCACUUCGAGCGACGCAAUCAAGGCCGAGGACCGCGCUUGUUCCGGUCUUGGGCAUAUACUCAUCUACGACUACACGAAGAUCAGGGUCAUCGAACCUGAAGCGGCUCCCGCGGUCUCCCCCGAUAUUAACUCACACGCGUCACUUGAAGCCAUCACUCGUCCGCCGAAGCGAAAACGGUGUGCAAACACGACGGUCGACGAAGUCUGUGUUAAGAGAAGGCGAUUGUCUGACAGUCCGAGCGAUGCAUCGCAGCUCAAAGACGGGAUUCCUUUCGGACCUCACCCUAGAUGCAUGAUCACGGGCUUCGUGUCCGCCGAGGUGGAGGCGUGCUAUAUCCUGCCUCCCGACACGCCUCAGCCGUUGGUCUACACAUACCACGUCACCGUAGAGGACGAGCAGCCUCCAGACUCGGGCACCCCCCAGGAUCAUACCAUUAUACCUCUAGCUACUACCGCUGCUUGCUCGUAUCGCUCGCUGGGGUGGCACGAGCUGAGUGCUAAUCUGCAUCUGAUGACCAUUCGAGUGGGUCGUGAAUUCAUGAAGCGACCGCUCCGCUACGAGCAUGUGUUCCGUAUGGACGCUCUUGUGCAUAUACCCAUCGUCCAGCUAGCCCAGCCAGAUGCAGCCGAGCCGGUCUCCUCCCACAUUGAACGAGAGUCGCCAGUCGAAGGCAUCCCCCGCCUGCCGAAGCGAAAACGGAGCCCGGAGACGGAGAUCGAUGAAGUCCCUGUCAAGAGGAUGCGCACUUCCGUCACUGGAUGCAACGCGUCCAACAUCAAGGACGCCGUUCGUUUUGGACCUCACCCGAAGUGCAUGAUCACCGGCUGCGUGUCUGCUGAUGUAGAGGGGUGCUAUAUCUGGCCUCUAGACAUGCCUCAGCGAUUGUUCGACACCUUGAUGGCCGUUCGACGCGACCUCCGAGAGCUGUGGGAAACAAACCGUUUGUUGAUGAUACCCCAUCCUGUUCAUUUGAAGAGUCUCAAAAAAUAUUGCACCGCGUACAAGUAUUGCAUCAUCGCAGAGGACGAGCACCCUCCAGACUCAUGCACGACCAUGGGUAACCCCAUCACGCCUGCCGUCAUGGCGGCCCCUUGCUUAUAUCGGUCGCUCGGGUGGCAUAAAUUGAAAGCUGAUCUCCGUCUGAUGGUAUUUCGAGCGGGACAGAAAUUGAGCAAGCGACCAUUCCACUACAGGCAUAUCUUGCGGGAGCUGCUGCCUCACAAGGAGGUCAAUCAUACAUACACCAUAUUCUCCCGGUAUGCGUCAUGGACGAUCCCCCUGUAUUUGGAGAGAGUACGCGGCAGGCGGUUGUGGGCCACAGGCGAGCUCGCACCCUUCCCUGAUGGUUAUUUCCGCUGCUCCACGAACGAAUAUUGCCCUCCCCUGUCGGAUGACGACACUGUCCGCUUCCCUCGCCCGUUUCGGCCAAUUGUAUCAGGGAUAAAGAGGAAGCGUUCUGGUGACACCAGGGCGGACAUUGGGAUCUAUACCGCGCAGGAAGAUGCUCAAUGCCAGGUUAGCGUCUGUAAGUGGCGCUGGGAUUGCGAUCAGGCUCGAGACGAGUGGACGGUGGGACCACCUGUGGAACCUGAGGACGCAGAGUUGCUCGCUUAUCGACAGGAGGAAGCUGGGGAUAUGCUGCCUGCUGCGCAAGAACCUUGGUUCGAGGAAUGGCAUUCUUCAAAGUACGCUCUCUUGUAG